GAAAGCAAAGGGAAAAAGGUGCAAAUUCUAAUGUCUAUACCAAUGGCAAAUCACCAAAGAAUUCAUCCAGCAGUGGGUGUGGAAGCUCCACCAACAACUCCUUUGGUGUCUCGUGGUUCAUCUCUAUCAGAAAAAGGUACUCCGGCUCGGCCUCACGCUCCUAUACAAAUGCGUACUGUUCCCAUUCCGGUGAGCCAUGCCAAUCCACCAAAAAAUGGAACUGGUUGUUGCAAAUGCAUAUGUUGGACAAUUAGCCUCCUUGUUCUCCUACUAGUUAUAGUUGGAGCCACUGCUGUCAUUCUUUACUUCGUCUUCCAACCAAAACUCCCUACAUACUCGAUUGAUAACUUGAACAUAAGCCGAUUAGGCCUCAACAUUGACAUGUCCCUGUACGCUGAAUUCGACGUGAAGAUCACAUCCUACAAUCCCAACAAGAAAAUUGGAAUUUACUACGAGAGAGGAAGCCAAUUAAGCGUGUGGUAUACAAACACAAAGCUUUGUGAUGGAUCACUACCAAAGUUUUACCAAGGUCACCAAAAUAAGACUGUGCUUCAUGUGCCCUUGACUGGACAAACACAAUACGGUAGCACUUUGAUGACAGCCCUGCAGCAACAACAACAAACGGGUCAAAUUCCCUUGGAUCUUAAGGUUGAUGCACCUGUGUCAAUCAAACUUGGAAAGUUGAAGCUGAAGAAAGUCAGGGUCUUAGCGGACUGCUUGUUGGUUGUAGAUAGCUUAUCUGCAAAUAAUGCCGUCAGCAUUAAAGCUAGUAAUUGUAGGUACCGUAUGAAGCUUUAAAUUUAUCUUUCCUGUCCAUUAUGUAAGGCCUGCUCUCCUCGUCUGAACUUUGACUUUUUUUUUUUUUUUUUCCUUUCACUUCUGUAUCCCAUUCCCAUGUUUUAGAAGGUUGAUUCUUUUUUCCAGCAUGUAUUGUAUCACUGUAGUUACAGUGGCUUUGCCCCUCUCUC